AUGAGUCUGGAAGCCAAAGAGGCCUCGACUGCAAGUGGUUCCAAUGCCGCCGACCGUGUCGUCAAGAAGAGAGCUUCGCAAGCCUGCCACCACUGCAGGACCCGCAAGGUGAAAUGCGACCUGGUCAAAUCCGGCGUCCCUUGCCACAACUGCUCCUCGGAUGGCAUUGAAUGUGUCAUCCUCGAAUCGAGACGGAGCAGGAAGUACCGUCUUCAGAAGCGCCAGGCGAGUCGCCCCGUUGCACUCCCGGCCAUCUCUCAGGCGCAGCCAAAGACCACCUCCGAGCCACCUGCUACAAGCUCGCAACUCCCCGGUGGUUCACCUGAUGCAGCUCCAGCACUCGAAGUCGCUGGCCCAGGCCAAUCGAAUCAUGGUAAGACCUCCGAGAUGGCUGCGCUGUCGGCCAACGCGUUAGUGACCCAAGAACCCUCUGUAGUGCACCCCCUCGUACCACGCAACUUUCAGACCGCUCUUGUCGUCCCCCGAAAUGACAGUCAGGGCCCCCCGACUCAAGCAGGUACUGCUUCUAAUGCCUCCGUCGUGGGAGCCGUCACCACUGAUUUGCCGCCGUACAUCCGCCCUUCUCGUCCGGAUAUUCGGCAGGACGACUUGGAGUUCCUGCGUCGCCGGGGGGCUUUGAGCUUGCCCUUCGGUGAGCUCCAUGAUCAGCUGAUUCGAUCUUUUGUGCUAUACGUGCACCCGUUCAUGCCGAUCGUGGAUCUUGAAGAUUUUCUGGGUGCCCUAGACGACAAAGAUGGCUCUCCGAAAAUCAGCCUUGUCGUCUUCCAAGCCAUACUGUUCUCGGGUACUGCAUUUGUCGAAUUACCACUUCUCCAAGAAGCAGGCUACGAAAGUCGGAGAGCUGCAAGAGCAGAUUUCUACCAAAAGGUCAAGCUACUCUACGAUUUCGACUGGGACACAGACCGGAUUGCCCUGAUCCAAGCAUUGCUCCUACUAAACUACUGGUAUGUUUCGGAGAACGACCAAAAGGACCCCUGGCAUUGGCUUGGCGUCUGCAUUUCCCUUGCCACCAGCAUUGGGCUGAAUCAGCCCUUCACUCAUGCGCAGAAGGAUCCCAAAACUAGAGCUUUGUGGAGACGAAUAUGGUGGAGUUGCGUACACCGGGACAGAAUCAUCUCGAUCAGUAUGCGAAGACCAAUGCGAAUCAAGGAUGAGGACAUCAGAUUGCCACCUUUGAGAUUGGACGACUUCGAAACCGGGCCUAUCCGCUCAGCUAUCUUGUCCCUUCAAGGCAAUGCCUUUCUCACGGAUAGAUAUGUGAGAUCCAUGUUGGCUGACAUGUAUAUCGCAAAGCUCAAACUGCUACUCUUCAUUGGACAGAUCCUCAAACACUUCUACCAUCUGCGUGGCUUUGGUGGCUCCACAGCCGAGUCCACCAUGCUUUAUACUCCCAGAAGAUCUGAGGUCAAUGGGAAGCAAUAUCUGGAUCUGCAACAUGACCUUGAUCAGUGGUACAGAGAGCUCCCUCCCAGUUGUUGGCUGGUAACGAGCAGCAGCAGCGUUGAUCUCGAUCCUUCAACUGCAGAUUCUCUUCUCAUGCACCGGUCAACAUUGAGAAUGCUCUACCUGAUGGCAUCUGAAGCUCUCAAUCGCCCUCAGUCAUUAUCCAAGCGACCAAGUGGCUCGGAGAAUAGCCCGACAUCAAAGGUGAAAGAAGCGGCAGAGAAGAUCGCCGAAAUGACCGAAUCUCUCCAAGAGCGAGACCUAGUCAGAUUUCUCCCACCACUGUCGGUGAGUUUUAUGCUGCUCGCCCUUGCCUCCUUCCUGGUGGAUAUCAAAACGAAGGGGCAAAACGUCGGAGCCCUUCCAGGACACCAAUUUCAUGUUUGUAUCCGAGCACUACUACGCUUGCGAGAAAUCUGGCCAAUUGCCGAUGCUGCCUGCUUUCUGAUCGGACAGAUGAUUACCAAGCAUCAAGUCGGCAAGGUUUCGACGCCUGGUGCUCAGCCCGCACCUAUGGAUGCAAGUAAUGCUCCGUCAAACGUAUGGCGACCACCUGAAAUGCCCCAGGAAAAUACACCUGCUAUUCCUCAAUUUGAGCAAAUACCUGGAGCGGAAAUGCCCUUCAGUUCUGCCGAUAUAAGCGAGCCAGCACCGUUCGGCACUCAACCAGAGGUGGUCUCCACUACGUCCCAGGGGUUCGUUAUACCCUACAAUUGGUCAGACGAGGACUUCGAAGGCGACUAUGGGGUCAUGGUUGAGGCACACGCAUUGAAUAUGGAUCUUGCCAUGCCGGACGCAGAGGUUUUGGGUUUCUUUGGCAACGGUAUGUUUGACUUUGAACCAUCGCCGCACCAUGAUCAGGCUGGACAAGACGGCAUGUCGUAUGCUUCGCAGCGACCUUCGGUCUGCGAGGCUUGGAUUCCAACGGUCGCCAAUCAGUAUAUGGACGCUUUUCGUACGCCAAGGUCGAUCUAA